AGCGUGCGUUUUGUGUCGGUAUGAUAAGGUGGUGAACAUCUUGUGAAGUUCUAUCGUGAUGGCAGCUUCUGUUUACGCCACUCCACCACCUGAUUUAAGUGGCGAAGACACAGCCCUCAGCGAUAUUUCAAACUCUUCACAAGCCAACAGUACAAACUCAACGUCACAGAAAUUAGCCACCAAAAGAACUUUGUCAACAUCGUCCUCAUUUGUGAAUAAUUCACCGAAUUCAUGCAACUCAUCAUCAACCACAGAAUCUUCGGCGGCGGAUCUGUCGAAGAAGCGGCGGAAGCAGUCGACACCGAUCAGGAUCUCAGCUCUCAAUAGUGAGUCGGGGGGUGCAAAUAAUGGUGUGGGUGAGGAAAUGAUGCUGGACUCCUUGGCGGACAAGUCCGUGGACGUUGUCCAGAAGGCGGCGCUCCUCUUUGGCCACCUGCAGCAGAUGCAGGACUCCCAGAGUCCCCAGGAUCACUCGGCCAAUGAGAUCAACUUCGCCUCAUUUGUCGAGACAGAGAUGAAGUUCCACAGCACAGACGUCUCCGAGGACGACGAGGAGGGCAAUCGAUCUCCGACAAUCCUCAACUGUACAGAAUGCGACGCCAAGUUCCGUUCGGAAUUGAAAUUGAAGAUACAUUUGAUGCACGAGCACAAGAUCGUGUCCUUCAAGGAUGGCCAACACGGGAGCUCACCAGAGGCUGGCGAGAAGAUUAUGUCGAGCAUCAGGGUGAAGAAGGAGCCGUCGGAUUGGGAGGGCGAUGAUCGCCGUGUGGAGGCGACAAACGCUUCCAAACAGGAUGACUGGCUGGCGUCUCUGGCGAAUGCAGGACUUCCAUUCCCUUUCCCCCCGGAGGCGGCUGCAGCGCUCACGGCCGGCGGCUACCUUCCGCUCCUGGGCGUGCCGCCAGUGGCGUCCUUCACCACCAAUGCCGACGGUCUGCCAAUGCCGCGUCCGAGUGCGCCGCAGCUGCGCAUCUUCAAUCCCGAAGCGUACUGUGACCUGUGCAACAAGGAGUUCUGCAACAAAUACUUCCUCAAGACGCACAAGGCCAACAAGCACGGCAUCUACGAGAGCUCCGUGCCCACUGGAAGCGAAGUGGGCCAAGCGGGCGAACGCCAAACGCAGCACAUGCACCAGAGCAUGGCUCAAGUAUUCCAGCAGCAGCAGCAGCAGAACCCCCAGAGUCUCCUGCCGCCAGAACCGACGGUCUUCUGCGACAUUUGCUACAAGAAGUUCACUAAUAUAUUCGCCAUGAGACGCCACAGGAGCAAGGUCCACGAGGUGGACGACAUGAAGGUGGAGCAGGAAGUGUUUGAUGGGGAUUCGCAGACAUUUCGUCUGCCAGAUGAUUUUCGUCAGGACUUCUCUAUUGAACAGGAAGACGCCAAUUUCACGCCGCAGCCCAGGAAACUCUCUCCGGCCUCCAGUCAGCAGGCUCGCGAAGCCAACUUCAGUGUGGAGAAACUCAAGCGUCUGGGCGUGAUUAAUCCGGAAGCAUUUUGUGAGCUCUGCUGCAAGGAAUAUUGCAACAAGUAUUUCCUGAGGACACACAAGUUGAAGCGACACGGCAUCCUCAUGCCACCCGAUGAGACCAAAGAGAACAUGGGCGAGCGCAAUCCGUGGCACUACGUUCAAACGAGUCCCCUGAACCUCAUCAUGGGCGCGGACUUCGGACAGGUGCAGCAACUGCAACAGAAGAUGCUGAACGAGAUUGCCGAGAGGCCGCUCAAGUCGCCAAAAGACGCGAAGGGCGAAGGUGCAAAGUCCGAAGACGGCGAGAAGGCGAGAGACACCGAUGCCAUCAGUGUGGAUCUCCAGAAGCUGCAGUCGAUGAUCCUCCAGCUGAACGACCUGAAUGCCCAACGAGCCACGCAAUGCUCAGUGUGUGGCAAGGAUCAGGAGAAUCAGUACAUGCUGCAUGCUCACAUGAUUUCAGAGCACGGCAACAUGGCGGCCGCAACGGAGAAUAUCAAAACCAGUCGCAGUUCCACGCCAGCGCCGCCAGCUCAGACAACUGUUGCCAGCCACGUCUCCGGGGAGACUUGCAAGCAGUGCGACAAGGAUUUCCCCACAGUCGCCGCCCUGAAGCAACACAUCGCUGAGGCUCACAACGCCUCGGCCAGUCCUCCGCUGCCCAAUCGCGAGGGCUUCGUCACUCCCGAGCGUCCCACUGGUUCUGUGCUCCAAAUGCCGGCGGCGCCGCACCAGGCCGACCGCCGGCCGCCCUACACCAUCACCCCCACUUCGAGCUACUGUGAGAUUUGCAACAAAGAGCUGUGCAACAAGUACUUCAUGAAGACACACAUGCAGCGGAUGCACGGCAUCGAGAUUGAGAAUGGCGCCCAGAUCGGUGGCGUGAUUUGCAACAUUUGCAACAAGGAACUCUGCAGCAAGUACUUUCUGCGUGUCCACAAGCACAACACGCACGGCAUCGUGGAAGAGGGCGCGCCGUUGCCUCAGUCCCGCCAGAAUGGCGAUCAGGCUGCUGCUGCAUCUCAGGCCGCGGCCACGGAGGAAUCAUCCGGCUACGGGGGGAUGGAGAGUGGAGGAAGCAUGAAGUCCGGCGACUUGGCAGAUCUCAGUAAUCGCUACUUCUCCCACUUCACCGAGGUCUGUCCGCUGUGCAGCCGGAGAUUCCGCAGCUCUAAGUGGCUUCGGGCGCAUCUGAUGAGUGAUCACGGGAAGGCGGGAACGGACAAGCUCAGAGACAUUGAACAGCGCCUAAAUCUGGCGAAGGCGCAGAGUCCAACGCUCAAGAUCCCCAAUGGGGCCUUUGGACUCGCUGCCGAAGCCAGUGCUCUCAAGUCCUCGCUGUCGGGGCUGUUCGUGACCCCGCCGGGCGCCAAUGUGGCCGCAAGUGUCGCCGAGGAGCCCGCCAUGACCAACAGUGGCCGCAUGAAGGAGUACCAGUGCUCCUUCUGCUCCUUCUCCACGCCCUACUACGCAUUCCUCUUCAUCCACGAGCGCUCGCACACCCUCAUCAAUCCCGCCGCCGUGGCGUCUCUCACCGCGCCGCUCCGCAAUCAGUCCGAGGCGGCCGUGUCCCUGGCCAAGGAGGCCCCAAUGUCGCGCCAUUUCCAGCCACCGCCGCCGCCGCCGGCCGCCACCUCCAGCGACGCCGCUCCGGCUCCGCCCACCAUGACCAAAUCCGAGUCUAACAGCAUGCUGACCGACAUGGCCAACCUCACGCAGCGCCCGGCCAUCUACGCCCUGCCGCAGGAGUCAGAGCCCAUGAUCAUGCAGUCCUUCCUCCUCGAGGAGGCCGCCGCGGCCAGUGAGCCCAAGGACAUAAACAGGUUUGUGCCGGCCGUUGUCUUUUUGCCCGUUCGCGAGCGCAUCUCCGCCUCAGUCACUGUGUCGUUCUCGCUGACGCCCGCCUAGGAGGCUCCCCCACUUCCGUGACUUGCCCUCUUCUUCAGCAUCCCUCAGCACCCACCUGUGAUCCCACUGACUCCUCCCCAACCCCCUGCGAAUCCACGGCGCCGCUGCGCGUUCAGAAAUCAAGCAAAACGAUCACACGAAAAAAAACGAUAAAUUUUUCCAUUGCAACGAGUGACGAGAUUCACAGAGGAAAAUCUCCGACAAAAGAAAAGGAGGAAAAAAAAACCAAGACGUAAAAAUGAUUAAGAAAUAAAAACCUAACACAUAAACGGAAAGACUGAGAGUAAAAGUUUUUUUGUUACAAGAAUGAGAGAACAAUUUGCAUGAAUAUUAAGAUCACACAAAUGAGGUAAAAGAAGAAAAGCUGAACAAAUCCGGAUGAUGGUUUGUUCGCUGUGAAAGGAAGAGAAGAAUUUCAAGAAAAAAAAGUUACACAAAAAGGAGCUGAUAAAUAAAAGGUGGAAGAUCAAACUAUAUCGAGAACAUCUUGUUAAAUAAUAAUUGUAGUUUUAUUAAAGAUUUUUUUAAAAAAAAGAAGAAGAAGAUGAAGAGAUGAUGAGAAAGAAUUGAGGAAAAUUAAAUAGAGUCAAAUAAUAAAUUAUAGUUAUUAAAGAAGAAGAAUAAAAUUAUAAUUCUUGGUGAUGUUCUAACAAAGUUCCUAUAAAUAAUCUAAUUGAAGGUAAAACAAGAUGGAGGUAUAAAGCUAAAUUGUGCUGCAGGAGUGAAAAAAAAGAUCCGUUUUUUUCCCCAAAAAAAAACAGGACAUAAUAUAUUAUUCUCGAUAUGUGUGCGUAUGUAAGAAAUGACGUGAGAUCAUUUGUCUUGAGUAGCCAUUGUGAGGAAAAUAGUGAGAAAUUCUGAACGAAAAAAACGUCAUUUUAUCUAUAUAGAAUUCUCCUUUCUUUGGCUCUGUUCAGAGGCUAAUUUUUUUUCGAAUAUACAGAACAUCUUUUUGGUGGGUGAGUGGCAAAUGGCAAUAAGAAUACCGAAACUAGACCAAGAUUUUUUAUACCUCUCAUAAAUCCAAUUACAGAAAAGCGCGUUAGAGAAUGAAAUAGGAGAAUAGAAGGAAGAUCAUAAUAAAAUCUCAGGGCUUUAUAGUACAACCAAAAACUGAUGUAUGAAGAUGAUUUGGAGAAAAUACAGCAGAACAUAUAUUAUAAUAAUUGUAAAUUUAUGUAAAUAUGAUAAGAAACAGGUUUUCAGUUGAGGAGCACUCAAGUGAUCUCCAAAAAUCUAGUCACUCACUAGUCAAAGGAAAUGGUUUACCUUUUCGAAGAUUUUUCCGACAUUUUUCAUCUCUACAAAAUAACUAAUAAAAAUACUUAUGAAGUAUAUUAAAAUUUCUUUGUAGAAUAAUUUUUUUCCGGUUAAAUGAGGCAAAAAUCUCUGAAUUCUCCAGAGUUGAAGAAAAUAUAAACAAAUUUUGAAGAAAAUAAUUUUGUCAAGGCAGCAAAUUCUGACAUUUGUUCGCUUUCAGUUUUAAUUCUUUAGGAAAAAUCAUAGAAAAAAAACAACAGACGAUGAAUAGAAUUAUACAAGAGGAAAGAAAAAAAAACAUCUAAAUCAAAAGGUAAUUGAAGCCCAAUCGGUAAUUGCUAUAAAUGUUUAAAUAUUGCUGUGUGCCUUUUAGCAAUUACUGAUGAAAAAGAACAAGAAAUUAACUUUUUAUUAUUAAAAAGAGAUAAAAGAAAACGAGAGGAAAAGUAAAAUGUAAAAUUAUUUUAAAUCACUAUUGAAACAAUUGCGAUUAACAAAAAAUAAUGAAUGGUUAUGAUGAAUUUUAACUUAAUUGGUAAAAACUUAUUUUUUUUCUCUCUCUUUUAAGUGCGGAAGAAGAAAUUGAAAAUUAACAAGACAUUGACUAAAUAUUUCAUAUAUUUAUAAUAAUAACGGGUGAUAUAUGAAGUGUUUCGAGGAAAAAAAAAUUAAUAACAGAAAGACGUAAAAAGGAUAAAAACGAAGAAAAAAAUGUGGUAAAAAUAACUUUGAUAAUGUUUCAUUGGCGGUCAUAUUACAAUACUUAGGCGUUGAAGAAUUACAAAAUACGAAACAAUCAUCAAAGUUCUCCCGGAUUUGUGAGGAUGAAAUAACUUCUGAAGGCGAAAAUACUACAAAGAAAAAAAAGGAAAAUUGAAUUAUUUCACACAAACGACAGUCAGGCGGAUUGUCUUGAAAAUUACACCCAAACAACAAAAAAAGUCUAUUUUAGUCAAAUUCUCAGAAUUGAGACCAAGAAGAAGAAGAAAAAAAAUCAAGCGGACAUUUGUGACUAUGAAAAAAAUUCCCAUUUCUCCACUAAUUCACCCAAUCAGUGGCAAUUUUACUUUCAUUCAAUGCUCUCGCACACAAUGCUGGUGACAAUUACGAGUAAAAUUUGAAUUUUCGAUCAACGGCGCGAGAAGCAUAAAAGAUUAAAUGAAUUACAAAAACUCAUCAAAUCACCAUUAUGCAUAUUUUUUCCAGAGAAAUAUUUCUCUUAUCCCUCAUUUUUCUGAAAAUUCAAGGGGGACAUUCUCUAUUGAAUUUCUUCCUCUGACGCCUGUUUUACUUUCCAAAAAUUGCCCUAAUUGUGAGCUUGUAUGUAAAAAUGCUGUCU